AUGCACGUUUAUAUACUUUUUUGGAUUUUUGGUCCAACAUUUUUUGGAUUUGUGUCUAGCCAGUGUUUAGAAGACGACGAUGCCUAUAUUGGUGGACUGUGCUACACAGUCUCCCCCUUCAAGGAAUCCUUCCCAGUUGCUCAGAACGCGUGUCACCGGAAAAAUCAAAAUUUGGCCAUAAUAAAGAAUAGUCUACAGGCUAAUUAUCUUGCCACUACUGUCCAAAAAAUCACCAAUGAGCAAAACGGGAAAUUUUGGAUCGGAUUGAAUCGAUCAUCGAUCAAUUCUAGAUAUCAAUGGGAUGAUGGGACACCCCUAAUUUGGUCCAAUUUUGAUUCCAAAUUCUCCCAAAACCAAUUAUGGGUCGCUGAAAGUACCCAAAAUGGAAAAUGGACAACUUUAGAUGGUGAAGAAGCUCAUUUCUUUGUUUGCAGUCAUGAUCCGUCAGCUUCUACUCCACAACCAUCGCCGACACCUGACGACGGCUCCACAACUUAUGGUCCAUGGGAGACAACCCCAUACCCCGACGACGGCUCCACAACUUAUGGUCCAUGGGAGACAACCCCAUACCCCGACGACGGCUCCACAACUUAUGGUCCAUGGGAGACAACCCCAUACCCCGACGACGGCUCCACAACUUAUGGUCCAUGGGAGACAACCCCAUACCCCGACGACGGCUCCACAACUUAUGGUCCAUGGGAGACAACCCCAUACCCCGACGACGGCUCCACAACUUAUGGUCCAUGGGAGACAACCCCAUACCCCGACGACGGCUCCACAACUUAUGGUCCAUGGGAGACAACCCCAUACCCAGAUGACGGCUCCACAACUUAUCGUCCAUGGGAGACAACCCCAUACCCAGAUGACGGCUCCACAACUUAUCGUCCAUGGGAGACAACCCCAUACCCAGAUGACGGCUCCACAACUUAUCGUCCAUGGGAGACAACCCCAUACCCAGAUGACGGCUCCACAACUUAUCGUCCAUGGGAAACAACGUCCUACGAUGAUUACGGUACCACUGAUUACCCGGAUUACGGUAGUACAGACUACCCGGAUUACGGUACCACUGAUUACCCGGAUUACGGUAGUACAGACUACCCGGAUUACGGUAGUACUGAUUACUCGGAUUACGAUCCUACCACUGAUUUUUCCCAAAUUCGAAUCAACAAACUUCCAAAACCACUGAGAAGAUUUUUCCAGAAAAAGCGUUAA